AUGUUAAGGCUCUGGCAAGAAUACGUACAAGAAGAUGAUGUCCUUGCAUGCCUUUCUGUCCUCGAUGAAGACUGUCAGCGAGCGGUACAGGUCAUUGAACGGUUAGAUGUUGAAGGAGGAACACCCGAGAUGCAGACCCACGAAAGAGUAUGCACUAGUUUCUCCCAUGGUCUAAUUCGGACUGCGCUGCGCCGCUUCCCUCUUGCCUUAUCGAAGAAUCUGGGCCGUGUCCAAAGUAUGCUCAAUGCCUUCAACCAUGCGCUUCAGGAGACAUCAACCGAAUCCUUUUCACAUGCCAUCUCGUCCUCUUGUGGGUCGCUAGUUUCAAGUCUCUGUAAUAAUCCAUCUGCGGGAGCCGCCAUGGGUGCUCUUCCCAACCUUAGAAAGUCACCGGGGGCUGCUCUAUCUGCCCUUCUUAUGGGGCCCACUAUUGCUCACCUGGUGGGCUCCGUCUAUUCGCUGGGCCUAAACGCAUACCAUAUCUGCAAGCUAGAACUCCGUGACCUCCGUCUCCACCGAGCAGAGAUGGACAAGAAGGCGUAG